GCUUCAACAUUCAAGUUGAUGUUUGUUCGGAUCCAGAAAGUCAUAACAAAACCAGUCAUUCAUUCUUUUACACAACUUUUCUUAUUACGGAAUCCCGAACAGUCACUUCUAAAAUGUCUUUCCAGUACCCACAUGCUUACCGCGAUGAGGCAGUUGCAGAUGACUACCAUGGCAACAAUAUUCCUGACCCGUACAGUUGGCUGGAGGACCCAGACAGUGAGAAGACGCAGGCUUUUGUCAAUGCUCAGAACCAGCUGACGCUGCCCUACCUGGAGCGCUGUGAGGUGCGGGACCUGUUCAAGGAGCGCAUGACGGAGCUCUACGACUACCCCAAAUACAGCUGCCCCUUCAAGAGGGGGAGCAGGUAUUUCCAUUUCUACAACACGGGCCUCCAGAACCAGAGUGUAAUGUAUGUUCAGGAGAGUCUAGAGGCAGAGCCCACGGUCUUCCUGGACCCAAACACUUUCUCUGAAGACGGGACUGUCGCUUUACGAGGUUAUGCAUUCUCAGAGGACGGCGAGUACCUGGCAUACGGCACCAGCGCCAGCGGCUCUGAUUGGGUGGAGAUGCGCUUCCUGCGGGUGGAGGGGGCCGUGGCCCUACAUGACCGGCUGGAGAGGGUCAAGUUCAGCUGCAUGUCCUGGACCCAUGACGGCAAGGGCCUCUUCUACAACUCCUACCCCAAGCAGGAGGGCAAAAGUGACGGGACUGAGACGUCCACGAACCUGCACCAGAAGCUCUACUUCCACGUGUUGGGGACCCCCCAGUCUCAGGACUGCCUGUGUGCAGAGUUCCCCGACCACCCUAAGUGGAUGAGUGGGGUCGAGGUGUCAGAUGACGGGCGCUACGUACUGCUGUCCAUCAGGGAGGGCUGUGACCCGGUCAACCGGCUGUGGUACUGUGACCUUCAAACCACUCCUCAGGGUAUCACAGGCCUGUUGCCGUGGGUGAAGCUGAUAGACAACUUUGAUGCGGAGUACGAGUAUGUGACCAACGAGGGCACGGUGUUCACCUUCAAGACCAACCUGUUGGCCCCGCGUUACCGUCUCAUCAACAUCGAUUUCGCCCAGCCCGCCCAGGCCAACUGGAAGGAGCUCAUCCCCCAGCAUGACAAGGACGUCAUCGUGUUUGCCACCUGUACCUACAACAACCUCCUUGUGUGUUUCCUGCACGACGUGAAGAACGUGCUGAAGAUGUACCGUCUGAGCUCGGGGGAGGAGCUCAGGACCUUCUCUCUGGACGUGGGCUCUGUGGUGGGCUUCACCGGACGCAAGAGAGACUCUGAGAUCUUCUACUACUUCACCUCCUUCCUGUCGCCAGCCAUCAUCUACCACUGUGACCUGACCAAGGAGCCCCUGCAGCCCCACGUGUUCCGCGAGGUCACCGUCAAAGGCUUUGACCCCUCCGACUACCAAACCACUCAGGUAUUCUACCCUAGUAAGGACGGCACAGAGAUCCCCAUGUUCAUCGUCCAUAAGAAGGGCCUGAAGCUAGACGGCUCUCACCCUGCCUUCCUCUACGGCUACGGAGGGUUCAACAUCUCAAUCACUCCCAGCUACAGUGUAUCACGGCUGAUCUUUGUCCGACACAUGGGAGGAGUCCUGGCUGUGGCCAACAUCAGAGGAGGGGGGGAGUACGGAGAGACCUGGCACAAAGCGGGUAUGCUGGCCAAAAAGCAAAACUGCUUCACAGACUUCCAGUGUGCAGCAGAGUACCUCAUCAAGGAGGGCUACUCGUCCCCCUCCAAACUCACCAUCAACGGAGGGUCCAACGGGGGCCUGCUCGUAGCGGCGUGUGUGAACCAGCGGCCAGAGCUGUUUGGCUGUGCCGUGGCCCAGGUGGGCGUCAUGGACAUGCUCAAGUUCCACAAGUUCACCAUCGGCCACGCCUGGACCACUGACUUCGGCUGCUGUGAGGUCAAGGAGCAGUUUGACUGGCUCAUCAAGUACUCCCCGCUCCACAACAUACGCGUGCCCGAGUGCGAGGGCGUCCAGUACCCUGCUGUCCUCCUCCUCACGGGUGACCACGAUGACCGCGUGGUCCCCCUACACUCCCUGAAGUACAUCGCCACGCUGCAGCACGUGGUGGGCCGCUGGUCGGGUCAGAGCAAUCCACUGUUCAUCCACGUGGACACAAAGUCGGGCCACGGCGCCGGAAAGCCCACCAGCAAGGUCAUCCAGGAGGUGGCCGACACGUACGCCUUCAUCGCCCGCUGCCUCAGCCUCUCCUGGGUCAAAUGAAGAGGGGAGGGGGUGGUUCCCUGUAAGUCUGUUUCUAGGGGAAGUGUCUCUAUCAGUUUCUUUCUCGUUCUUUUUUGUAUUGAUCACUUGUUUUUGUUCAGCUGUUCUCCUUCCCUCCUCUCAUCAUCACUACUGUGGACUUAUUCAUUUGUUCCUGAGCAGUAAUCAAUCUCUUCCUACCUGUUUGUCAGGCCUGUAUUAACCACCCCUCUCUUCCUGGUUCUCCCUUCUCAGUGUAGGCUUGCUUUGGGCAUGGGCUCCAGUUCAGCCGGACUAUACAGUUACCCCUCUUUCCCCCACACCCCCAUGGGCCAGCCCCAGGACUUACCCCGUCUCCACCCCUCACCUCUCUUAUAAGCGAUUCACUAUAUAUAUAUCUAAAAGAAGAAAAAAACAUCUCUGAAUAAACUUUGUUGUACCAUUAAAGGUCAAAUCCACUGCAUUUAAAACAGUCAAAUAAUUUCAUGAAUUCAGAGUUUGUGUAAUUAUACCGAGGCGGAAUAUAUUCCUUCCACAACCAUAAGACCCACUAAUCAUUACAUUAUUUUGUCAAAAUAGUUGUACCUGCUUUAUUUUCUUUUAUUAUCACUGAUCUGGCUUUCAGGUUUGUCUAUAAAAAUUCCCAGAACCAUGCAUAAUGCACAUUCACUAAUAAUGUAGCAGGUAUUCUAGAAAAUGAACACCGGUCUCAAUCUCUCAAGCACAAGCCCACGGGCUAGUGAGUAGCCAGCUAAUAUUUAUAUUUCUAGUUCAGCCAACUUGGAUCUAUGUAUAAUUUCACAAGCUCUGGAUUCAGCUAACUUGGAUCUAGGUAUAAUUUCACUAGCUCUGGAUUCAGCCACCUUGGAUCUAGGUAUAAUUUCACAAGCUCUGGAUUCAGCUAACUUGGAUCUAGGUAUAAUUUCACUAGCUCUGGAUUCAGCCACCUUGGAUCUAGGUAUAAUUUCACAAGCUCUGGAU